AUGACUCAAAUACCCGAAUAUAAAAUCGUUACAAUUGGUGAUCAUGGUGUUGGUCAGACAUGUUUGAUUAUGCGCUACUACUAUGGAGAGUUCCAAGAGAAUCCUAAACCAACAGUUGGUGCUGCAUACGUAAAAGUAAAGGCAGAAGCUAACAAUCACCAAGUUCAAUUGAAUCUUUGGGAUACAGCAGGCCAGGAAAAGUAUUCAAAUCUCAUUCCAAUCUAUGUUCAAAAUUGCCAUGCAGUAAUUAUUUGCUACGAUUUAACAGAAAAAGACCAAUUACAAAAAGUUCAAGCAUUUAUUAAUACAGCUCAUGAAUCAUGCCCACCAGAAGUACCUAUUGUAGUUGUUGGUACUAAAUCUGAUAAAUUUGAGGGUCAAAAUCCUGGAGCAGAAGUUGGAUCUUGGUGCAUGAACAAUAACAUUGAGCAUUUUAUUACUUCCGCUGCAACCGGAUUUGGAAUUGAUGACUUAUUUGUUAGCGUCGCAACAAACGCUGAUAAAUCUGCUAAAAUUGUCAAUCAGAAGAAUACAGUUCUUCAGAAGAAACGUGAUGCUGAAGAACAACAAAGCGGAGGUUGCUGCUAA